AUGCCUACAAUGUUUUAUCUUGUCAUGAUGCUGAUGGCAGUUUACCAUAUGAGUUGGGGACAGUUGAAUAAUGAAAGUCGAUGGCUAGCAGUUCAACCAAAUUCGAGUGACUUUGUUCAUACGCUUCCAUUUCCUAACUCUGUGUGCAAAUAUAAAUUUGGCAGUCGCGAGACAGGUGGUUUGUAUACAUUGUUCGAAGCUGAGUAUUUGACGGAUGGCCCUGGGCGGCAUAUUCACACGCGAGAAGAUGAACUGUUCCAGAUUAUUGAUGGUAAGGUACAAUUCUUUGUCAAUGGAAAACAAUUAUGUGGUUCGACUGGUGAUUAUGUGUUUGUACCGCGCAAUACUCCAUAG